GCCUCGGGGCGGCUGUUCACGUUUUGCUGUGGCUGUAGGUGAUUUGCGUUGGUAUACAUGUAUUUGUUAUUUUACAUAGCGUUCAUGCCUUAUAUUUAAUAAUAGUUGUAGACAAACGUUGGGAUUAGGUUCCAUUUUUAGGGAAAUAAUUUAUCGUUCCACUUCAAAAUCCUCGGGAUUUUCACACUUGUUUUUUGUGCAAUAUUAUGCUGUAAUGAGAUGUUUUGUCUCGAAACCAUUAAAACUAGUAACUCAGUAAGAGAUCGGUAUUUUUUCGUAUGUAUUAGUCGUGAGUGUUGUGACACGAAACAUUACAGUUUCGAACUGGAAAAUCACUUUCUGUCUGUUGACAGCUUGUUUGCUUACCUUGCAAAAUCAUUGUCUCAGUUUACUAGUUAUAAGGAUAAUUGGUGGAUAUAGUUUAAUUCAGUCCAAGUAUUUUAUUCAUCUAACCACAAAAACAUUUCAAAGAUCAUUCAAAAGUUGGGGAAUUGUGGUGAUCAAUUUAUUUCUAGUAGGCUUCGAGGACGAGUGUCGCUACUCUCAUUUACCAUCCCCCUAAGCAGAUUCUUCAUUUCUCAGCUGGGAUUCUUUACUUUUUGUUAUCCAUAGUCGCAUCUCGGUUUCAUCAAAAAUCAAAGCUAGACCUAAAAACCAUACAAUUCUCAUUUAUAUGUGAUCUAAGUUGUUGCCUAAUGCCUUAUACUGUUUACCUAGUUCACAAAUUUUACUUUUGUUUCGCUCACUACUCUUUAAGUCAUGUUUUUCCACCCAAUUUACAUCCGUGUACAGCCUUUUAUUUAUGUUUCCUUUAUCUACAGACUAGACAUGAAUAUUGUUGUAUAUUUGAACACAUAGGUAUUGGUACAAAGGGGCACCAGAUACAUAUGCUCCACAUAAUAGCGAUGAGAAUGUGAAAAGGUAAAGAAUGUAGGGUGCGUGUAAGAGAAAGAAGAACAUUAACAUUAGUGUAUUAGCGAAAUAAUAAUAAUGGUAGAAAUAGUUCCGUUAGCAAAGGUACAACCAGAAAGGAUCCUUCCAGUUAAAGAAGUUACGUCCAUUUUUUGUGAAGAAAGUAAAAUAAAGUUUUAUCAAUAUAAGUAAAAUGAAAUGAUAAUUUUGAAUAAGCAUCAACAGAGUUCCUGUUUCAAAGUUGGUAGUUAAUUGAAGCGUCACAUGGCUUGUACUAAAAUUUCUGUUCACUUCGUAAUAUUUGUCGGUUAGUCCUUCUGUAAUUCGUCAUUCUGACCAUUCUUUAUUAGACGAAUUCAUGUCCUAUCAUAAGUGGUGACGUGACUAGGGUCUAUCAAAAAACCAAUCUGUAGUCAAAAGUUAAUGUCUUAACAUCAUUUUCAUUCGUGCCAAAACAUACUUUUUCCAUAUUUUUGUUAGCUGUUUAAAGUGUAUCCCUAUUUCCUAGUCAUAUCUAUUCUUUUCAGCUCAAUUUUUUGCCUCCUUUCCCAUCACUGGGUUUUAUUGUCUGCGCUCCAUUGUUCUAUCUAGUUAGCUUACUACUGUUAAUCUGAUGUAUGAUAUGCUGUACAUGAUAACCACUAACAGUUUUCACUAAUGUACCGGAACAACCCUGUGAUAUCAAAUUCGUCGAACUCUCCACAGACAUCCCAGCCUUACUACUCCAGAAUUCUCUUACCGAAAGUGUCGGGAAAUGGUCCAAUAAAUCAUUCUCAAAGGCGACACUCUCUUUUAAAUGGUUCAAGCUCAACAUCUUCAGAUCGUUCUAAACAAUCACUGGUUUCAGCCUAUUUCGGUCGAAGUCGAACAUUAUCCAGGGAUUCCCCAAGUUAUAUGCCGACUAUCUUUAACUUCCAGCCUUUAAAUGGCUACCAUUCUCCAGUUCUGAAACGUCGCGUUUGUCGGACUGAAAGCACAAAGACAAACUUAUUUGGGACUCCUGAGCCACCUAAUUCAGACAUAGCCAUUAAACAUGGUUUACGUGUUUUCGAAUCAAAAAAGCGUGCUCGUGAACUUACUGAUAUUACCGUUACUACAGAGGAAUCAUCGCAAGAUGGAUCAGACUUUGGAAAUUCUAAGCGUCGAAAAACAUCUAGAACAUUUGAUAUAUCUACCGUGGGGUGCACACACGAUGUCGACGGCUUUUCUUUCACAUCCUUACGUCAACUCAAUAGCGGAAAUGCAGUUGGGGUUACUGUCUGUGCUACUGAUAACAGAUUACCAUCCAAUGUGAGCGAUCGAAAUAGCAGGUCCGUUCAGACUCAAGUUUUUAAUGAAUGUGAAGAUGAUAGAACAGUUUCAACCACGUCAUCUACGGGGAGUGUUAGAGCUUCCCCAAAUAAUAUUUCUGGAUCUGCUGCAGCUCUGAGAAGAAAGAUUCCAUACAUGUCACCGUCUGAACUUGAAGCCCAUUUGUUGUCUACUAAAGCUUUGGCAUACACGAGUCAUUAUGCCUUAGAGAAUCACACCUCAGGAGCAGGUGAUUUUAAUUCCAUUGAUUUGGAUACAUCACCCUUUCAGUAUUCAAGGAAUAAAGUUACUGCUCGUAGGAUUGCAACGGAAAGCAAUCAAACCGUAAAUGAUUCAACUCAGUCGUCUUUGAAUAAUAUUAAACCACCACUAGUUACUAAUAUAACUUGCUACGAUGAGAAAUCAGAGACUGAUAGUUCAGAACUCCCAGUUGUUCAACCGACAUCCUUAAAUCGCUUUAUUGCAAACCUUGAAGGCCAUUCAAACCUAUUUCUUGAUAAGAUGAGUCAGUCACAGAUUAAGACUGCUUCUGGGGGAUUUGAUGUGGAAUCACGUGUGAAACGUAUUCGUGAACUGAUUUCAGCCAAAUCUAGUAAUCAUAGUUCGAACAGUUCAUGUGGUUAUAGUACUCACUCUGCUAUCAGUUCUAUUACAAGUGCUAGCUAUUGUAGUCCCGUCAGUCAAAUCUUAGCUACUUCAAAUUCAUCCCCGAUAGUUUCUACCAUAUCAUCGUCACUGCCUAGUGUCCAUUCAACGUCUGGUGUAAGUUUCAUGUCAGUCAUUGUAUGUAACACUUCUGCAUCAGUUCAGAAUAUCACUUCCACUAGCAAUCCAUCGGCAUCUUCAACUACUUCUAAACAUUUCAGUUUCCCUGUAAUUAGUUCAGUUAGUGAAGUUAUCAGUACUCAAGCUGUUAUCCCAACAUCUAUUGCCGUUACUUCUAUAGUAAGUCUACCUGGUAGCAUAAGUUUUGGCUUUACUUCUACAUCCAACACAUCUCCAUCCAUCUCAGUGACUAAUGCAAGUACAGUAUUAGCAACUGCUGUUACAUCAGUUUCAUUUUCUUUCUCUACUGCUUCUACUGCCCAUGUAUCAAUUUUGAAGGAACCAACAAUCACUUCAACAAUAGCUGUAACUACGUCAGCUUCAGUUUCACUCCCAAUACUGCCAUCAGUUACAAAUUUCAGCUCUGUCUCAACAUCUGAAAGCAACUCUACAGUAGUUCCAUCUUCCAUAUUUACUUUUCCGACCAGCACGAUAACUACAUCUGCCACAAUAAUUUCUGUAUCGGCGACUACAACAGCGACACAGAAGACCACUCCUGCUUUCUUUUUUUCAUUUCCACCUACUUCAUCGGCUCCUUUAUCUUUACAGACGACUAGUUCAAACGCACCAUCGACAGCAAAUCUUACUUCAAGUGUUUUUGAAUCUAUGAAGCCUAUUUCUACAUUCAGUGGGUUUUCUUUCCCGAAACCAGCUAUUACAUCGUCGGCUAGUGCUCCCACUAGUAAUCCAUCAUCAGUAGCUAAAAAUACAGUCCAGUCUGAUAGUAGCACACCGUUUACUUUUGGUUCAAGUAAUUCUCAGCCAAUUUCUACGGCUUCCAUUUUUACAUUUGGAGCGUCGGCAGUGACUACAUCUUCACUUACCUCAGUCUCACUCGUUAGUUUUGGAUCAACUUCUAUGCCAUCAUUUCUGGGAUCAGUUCCCAACUCUGGAACUGUGUCAAGUAGUUUUGUCUUUGGUGCAAAUCUGUCUAAACCUUCAUCAACCAUUUCAAGCGGUGCUUUUGGUCAGACAACGGGUACCACGUCAUCACUAAAUACUGUAGUUAAUAAUGCUGGUUUGUUUACCUUUACAUCCCCAAUUGCUAGUACUUCUGGCGUGUCAUUAUUUGGAUCAAAUCCCGUUAACAUCAGCUCCAAAACUGUAUCACUUCCCACGAACACGUCUUUAUCUGGUUUCAGUUCAACUACGAUUAACCCAUUACUUAAUCCAGUGUCUACAACAUUUUCAACAAACUCCUUCACUCUUGGAAUUAAACCAGCUAAUGUGACUCCUGCUAAAACUACAUCUUUAUUUGGAACUAGUAAUUCGAUUUUCGAAACUCCUAAUACAUCAUCAUCUUUAAAAUUCAAUUUUAAUCAGUUAACUUCUAGCACCGCAUCUAAUGUAGCCACCAGUGGAUUGUCGUUUAGUACGACAAUUGUGACUACAACUGCAACUUCUGUAAUGCCUGCUAGUACACUGUUUCAGUUCGGUAGUUUCAGUUCUAAUUCAAAGCCAUCUGCAACUUCCGUUUCUCAACCACUCUCUUUUGGUUCAUCAGUGCCUCAAUUUUCGUUUGGCCAAAACUUCACAUCUGCAUGUUCACAACCGAGCACCCUACCAACUUUGUCAUUUUCCUCGCUUAAUUCGGGUUCCAUAACUACUACCACUAACUCUUUUCAAUUCUCUUCAACUCCCGUAUUUUCUAAUAUUAAUCCCCCAACUAAUUUUAGUGGCUUUAAUUUCUCUCUACCCCAAACAUCUACACCAAGUGUAAUUACUCCUCAAACAAAUGCUUGUUUUGUUUUUGGUCAAACACCAUUAAGUACUGGCGUUGCUAAUUCCAAUCCAUUCACCUUUGGUACAUCUUUAACCAGUCCUUCAUCUAAUGCUCCAAAUGCGCCUCGACGUCGACCACUUUCAAGCAGACGCUCUCGUCGUCCAUAAUUUUCUUUGUUUGUAAUGAUGUAAUUAUAUUCUUAUUGUUUUAUCAGAUGAAAAAUAAACUGGACAGUAUUUUUUUUCAUUAGAGUUAUUGUGCUUGCACUUGUGUGUGCUUUUGUAAGCACUAAAAGACUAGCGUUUUAAUCGGAACAAAGUCAAACUUCUUUGUUGUUAAUCGCAAUUGUGUAAAUGACAUUAGUUGUUUUUCGCUUAUUUUCACAUGAUGCUGUUUGAAACUAUAUAUAUAUUCUCCCUCUUCGAAUCAAUGCAAACUUUCUUAAUGUGUAUAUGUAAAAACAUAUUAAGCUAUUUAUUGUAUAUUCCCUAUUUUCCCCUUUGGCUUUCAUUUUCAAUCCCAUAUGAAAAUUAUUCCAGAAAGUUUUUUGAAGAGGGGGGGAAUGAUAUUGCUAGUGUCACCACAAGCUAAUAUGUAAUAUAUAAUUACCAAUUACUAUUAUUAUGCUUGGAAAAAAUUAGUUUGUUCUUCAUUUCAUUUUGUUUUGUGUAACAAAAUCAUGAAUAUAGUGAAGUUCGUAUAGAGAUGAAUUGCUGUUUUCAAAUAAACAUGCAGUAAUGUGCUCCGGUAAUACAUCAAAUUACUAGUAUUAUAAACGUUUCAAAUAAAGGGGUUUUAUAAAACUGUAUUUUCCCGUGAAUGUUUUGUUUACUACGAAAAUUACUCGGAGAUGUUUUCUAACCAAUUAAAGUUAGAUAGUUAUGACUAUAGUUUACGAGUGAACCAAUGAGAUUUUAAAUAGCAAAUCUUGGAUUUCGAUGCAAAAUUUAUUCAUCCAUAUGGUUAAUUAGCAUUUUGGCAUCAUAUUUGAUGUCAAUUUGUAAUAAAAACCCUAACUCUAAUUCUGUGUCCCGAUUCUGAUUUAUCAGAUUAAUUUAUAACCCUCUUUAGGCUCUAUUAGUGUCACUCUAAGGUCGCCCAUAAAUUAUAGUCUCACCAAUAUACAUAGUUGAUUGUUAUCGAUAGGGUUAUAUUUAAUUAUGUAAUAAAUUUCUCCAGUUUUGACGAUUAUUCGUGGUGGAUUCAGGAAGCAUAGUAUUUGUCAUCAAUUUGGUUUGUUCGGUCAGUUCUGGUAUUUGUUCAAAAGGGCGCAUAUUAAUAAAGGUGAUCAAUAAAAGGGGAGAUAACUUUUUUAGCGAUGUGAAAUAUGUUCGGUUUACCCUCUGCCCUUAAGAUCAAUCGAAAAUGCAUUUUCCUGAGCGUAUGAUGAGUCUACUUUAAACAAAUACUGUAAUUUCUCGAAUUUGGUAACAAAUUAUUAAAGCAGUUAGUCCCUUUUAUAAAUUUCGAU